CCUUGGGAUCAGUCUGUGGACUGAACUGACGUUUGCCGUGUCGAUCGCGGUCCCAAAAAUUCUCGGAGCAAAAACUGUUGAACUUUGUGGUGUGCCUUUGUUUGUGAUAGCGGUGGGGGCAUCGAAACCGAAACCGAAACCGAAAUCGGAGCUUCUUGAGUGCCACCAGACAUCAGUCGAAGCACGGACCUACUGGGGAUCAGACCAACCAUUAGAAUGCCUCGUCCAAGCCAAUGCAAUCUUAUCGCAGUGCUCGCCGUGGGCCUCUGCCUGUGCGUCUGCCCAGCUGCGGUUGAGUCGCGCACGCGGAACAAGAACGUGGACGAGAGGCGGCUGAUGUCGCUGUACGGCAACAAUCCGCACGUGGAGCCGCUGCUGGGCAGAAGUCGACCCACGCCGGACACCUACAAGACGCUGCGCAACGCCUUCUUCCGCUACGAGGAGUCCCGCUCCCUGGGCUACGACCUGGAGCUGACGGCUCGCGAGCUCCAAGCCAAUGAUACCAUCAUGGCAGCCAAGCUGCACGAGUACACCGAGGGACUGCUCACGCCGCAUCUGUUCAAGCCCUCGCAGCACAUCUUCGAUGUACUCGACGGCGUCCGCGACACUCAGCUCUUCCACUUGCUCAAGAAGAUGCCCAAGGGCGCGGUGCUGCACGCCCACGACACCGCUCUCUGCAGCACGGAGUCCAUCAUUGCGCUCACCUACUACGACAGCCUGUGGGCCUGUCUGCAGAGGGACGACCUCGACUUUUCCGUGCUACGAUUCGCCAAGGAACAGCCGCAGGCGCUGGACAACUGCGACUGGUCGCUGCUGGCCGAAGUGCGACAGAGGUACGGGCGGGAGAAGGUGGACGAGUAUCUGGCGGAGCAUCUGACGCUGUAUCCCACCAAGAAGUUCGAGGACAACAACGCCGCCUGGGCGACCUUCAUGGACAUCUUUGGGCUGCUCGACGGCCUGGUGAUGUAUGCCCCCGCCUGGGGCGACUACUACUACAACGCCCUGCAGGAGUUCUACGACGACGGAGUGCAGUACCUGGAGUUCAGAUCGCUGGUGCCAACGCUGUAUGAUCUGGAGGGCACUGUCUACACGCCCCUGGACACGGUGAGGAUCUAUGUGGAGACGCUGGAUAAGUUCAAGCGGGACCAUCCCGACUUUAUUGGCUCGCGGAUGAUCUAUGCGCCGCUGCGUAACACCAAUCCCGAGGGCGUGCUCGGCUACAUUGAGACCCUGAAGCAGAUCAAGGCCCAAUAUCCGGACUUUAUAGCCGGCUUCGAUCUGGUGGGACAGGAGGAGCUGGGGCGUCCGCUCAGCGAGUUUAUCGAUCAGCUGCUGGAGAUUCCCGACGACAUUGACUUCUACUUCCAUGCGGGCGAGACGAACUGGUUUGGCUCCUCUGUCGAUGAGAAUCUGAUCGAUGCCAUUCUUCUGGGCACGAAGCGCAUUGGGCAUGGCUUUGGCCUGGUCAAGCAUCCGGUGGUGCUCGACAUGCUCAAGAAGCUGAACGUGGCCAUCGAGGUGAAUCCCAUUUCGAAUCAGGUGCUGCAGCUGAUCACCGACUUCCGGAAUCAUCCGUGUGCGCACUUCUUCGCCGACGGCUAUCCCGUGGUGAUCUCCUCGGACGAUCCGUCCUUCUGGAAGGCCACGCCCCUGACGCACGACUUUUACAUCGCCUUCCUGGGCAUUGCCUCGCAGCACGCCGAUCUGCGGCUGCUCAAGAAGCUGGCCCUCAACUCCAUCCAGUACAGCUCGCUGCCGACGGAGCAGCAGUUCGAGGCCCUGGAGAAGUGGCAGGCCAAGUGGGAUCAGUUCAUUGCGGAUGUCAAUGAGGAGUCGCCGAAUCGUGGCUCAGCCAGUCAGCACCUGGAUUGACUAGCACGGGUGGUGACAGCGUUCCUGGUCGCCGUGUUCUCCCUGCUGAGCUCUGGCCUGCGACGCUAGUCGGUCCCAUAUCCCCCUGCAUCUGCAUUCGCAUCUACAUUUGCAUCCCAUCUGCGCGCCAUGUCCAUACUCAAUAUAUAUCCCAUAUGCCAGUUUUGUUGUAAGCUAAUUGUUAUGGAUUAGUCUUUAGUUAGACUUAAGCCCGUUCUAUGUUCUAUAUCUCUCUCUCUCUCUCUCUCUGUCUCCAUUAACCCACUCUGUGUCCAACAUACUCGAACCAAAGAGAUUGUGUGUGCUUUGAGGGUUCCUCCCUGUCGCCGGCAAAGGCAAAGGCAAAGGCACAGCAAACUAUCGCAAUAAAGAACUUUUGCUAGAACGAGA